AUGUCUGCGCCACUGAUCACUCCCUCAAAGAAGGCCGCCGAGGCCCUCGACAACUUCAACAUCGAGUCACCAAUGAAGCAGCCCCUCUUCACUGCUGUAUCAGAAGAGAAGGAGAACAUUAUUUCAGAUGAGGUCGCUGUCCCCGUCAAGGGCAUUCCUAUGCCCGAUGACCUUCCCGAGCCCGAAGCACCCAAGCCCAGUGCGGCCCCUGGUCUCAAGGGUGACGAGGUGAACGAGCCUAUUCUCCAAGAGAACCCCAAUAGAUUCGUUCUCUUCCCUAUCAAGUACCACGAGAUCUGGAACAUGUACAAGAAGGCCGAAGCCUCAUUCUGGACCGCCGAGGAGAUUGAUCUGUCCAAGGAUCUUCACGACUGGAACAGACGUCUCAACGACGACGAGCGUUUCUUCAUCUCUCACGUCCUCGCUUUCUUCGCUGCCUCUGACGGUAUCGUCAACGAGAACCUCGUCGAGCGUUUCAGCUCCGAGGUACAGAUUCCUGAGGCCAGAUGCUUCUACGGCUUCCAGAUCAUGAUGGAGAACAUCCACUCCGAGACAUACUCAUUGCUCAUCGACACAUAUAUCAGCGAGCCCAAGCAGCGCACCUACCUCUUCAACGCCAUCGAGAACAUUCCUUGCAUCAAGAAGAAGGCCGACUGGGCCCUCAAGUGGAUCUGCGACAAGGACUCUACCUUCGGUUGCCGUUUGAUCGCCUUCGCUGCCGUCGAGGGUAUCUUCUUCUCGGGUUCCUUCGCUUCCAUCUUCUGGCUCAAGAAGCGUGGUCUCAUGCCCGGCCUCACAUUCUCCAACGAGCUCAUCUCGCGUGACGAGGGCAUGCACACCGACUUUGCUUGUCUGCUCCACUCGCACCUCAAGAACAAGCCUUCGGCCGCCCUCGUCCGCGAGAUCAUCACCGAGGCCGUUGCUAUCGAGCAGGAGUUCCUGUCAGAUGCCCUUCCCUGUGCUCUCCUCGGCAUGAACGCAAAGCUCAUGUGCCAAUACAUCGAGUUUGUCGCCGACCGCCUACUCCUCGCUCUCGGCGAGCCCAAGAUCUACCAGGCCACCAACCCCUUUGACUUCAUGGAGAACAUCUCGCUGGCUGGCAAGACCAACUUCUUUGAGAAGAGAGUUGGUGACUACCAGAAGGCUGGUGUCAUGAACAGCACAAAGAAGGAGGAGAGCAAGACGACCGAGGGCCUGGCUGCCACCGUCAGUGGUGACUUCGCCUUCGAUGAGGACUUCUAG